GUCCCACCCAGCUGUAAUUGUCUCCACCUCGACUGAAUAUAAGCCAGAGUCAUUUGGAGAUAUGGAGAACUUUAAGCUACAUUACCUGCUUGUUUAGUAUCGGCCUUGAUCUCCUCCAUCCGGACCUGUGAGAUAUUUUUUACACCAUUGAUAUAAUGACUAUCGUACGGUUGCUCGUGAGUCUCUUACUCUUUGGUUCAGCUGAAGCUGGGAAGCUGUUGGUUAUUCCUUCUGAUGGCAGUCACUGGCUUGGGAUGAAGCCUAUUGUGGAAGAGCUGGGGAGGAGAGGAAAUCAGGUGGUGGUGGUCAUCCCAGAUGCAAGUCUGAGUAUGGGUCCAUCAGAUCACACCACCACUAUUUCUUAUCCAGUGCCUUACACUAAAGCUGAAUUAAGCGAGCAGUUAGAAGGCAAUUUAACCCAAAUUAUGAGCAUUGAUCUUUCUGCAAACCUCUCCAAGUUCCUGUGGUUCUUCAACCAAAUUACAUUUCUUCAGAAGUUCAUAGUAAGAAACGCAGAGGACCUGCUGUUUGAUGAUAACUUGAUGAAGAAACUGCAAGACUACAACUUUGAUGCUAUUCUCACAGACCCGUUUGAACCUGUUGGAGUUAUUGUUGGUGAAUAUCUCUCAAUUCCAGCUAUUUAUAUGCAAAUAAACCUUCCUUGUGGCAUUGACACUCUUGCCAGCCAAUGCCCAAGUCCACCCUCCUAUGUUCCUCAGCGUAACACCCACUUUACAGACCAUAUGAAUUUUGGGCAGAGGUGUGUGAACUUGAUAAGAAGUCUCCUGCAGCACACGGCCUGUAAAGUUUUGCAUGCUAAUGCGGAUGAGAUUGCUACACGUUUACUUCGCCGAAAAGCAUCAUUGAUGGAGAUCAUGAGCCGUGCUGCUCUCUGGUUUAUGCGUUUUGACUUUGCUUUUGAAUUUCCACGGCCAGUGAUGCCCAACAUGAUCAUGAUUGGAGGGAUGGCAGCCAAGAAACCGAAACCUUUAUCACAAGUAAGGUCUUUAAAAACAAUCCAUGCUAUAGUUCAUCUUAUUGGUGCUGUAGCUGUUUGACAUGAACAUCUGGUUUUUAUUGAUUGCUGUCUGUCAAUAUCAUGGACUGUAAAAAUACGUGUUUGCGUUGUUUAUGAUAGAAAAAAACAUUAUUUUCCACAUAUCGUACUUUUUUGUUGCUCCAGACAUCCCUGCCUUCCUCAAACGCUCUGAUUUGUUACAAAGCUCAUCGAUCUGAAAUGCACCCGAUUGGCCAGCUUACCAGUACGUUGUGAUUGGCUUAAAAACCUCUGAUGUCAGCCGGAAAUGUGACGCUCCUUACCAUGUAGCUCCCAAUGCAAAACUGAGAGGAGUUAAUAUUGUCUUUAGUACCUUAUGAAUAGCAGAUUAAACAUUGUGGUUAGAGGACCUAUUGGCUUUGUAUUGGCAAAAUUUGGCCUGUGGUAAAACUAAUUGAAUAAGCCUGUGCUAUGCCCACAAAGUCAAGUGGCAUUUUCUUAUCUGUGACUUCAGUUAAUAUUUCAGAAUCUGAAGUUUAUAGAUAUUUCACUUCGGUUAGAAGAAAAAUAUGUACUGAUGAUUGAUAUGUACUGAAAAUUGAUAUGUGUUAUUUGUGUUUUGAUAGAUGUUUUGUCUUAAUAUUCUACAUUAAAAGUAAUGUAUUUUUUAUUCGGGCUACUUGCAUUCAUUUCGGGCUACCAAAAACU